AUGUCGAACAAUUCGUAUCCUUUCGAAAGAGCAUUGAUACGAUGCAGUGGCGAAGACAAACGGCGUGUUAUGUCAGCGAAUAUCGAUGGGUACGGAGUUCGCGUCCGCCAGCGGGCUGAUGCGGUUUUUGCUGAUGUUUCUACGCAAAUUCUUGAAGACUAUUACAAUGAACAUGAAGCAUCGACGGACAAACCAAUUCCAACAAUAGACCAAUUCGAAGAUGUUUAUGAUUUUAUCAUCAUUGGAAGUGGCCCUGGUGGAAGUGUAAUGGCCAACAGACUUACAGAAGUAAAUAACUGGAAAGUUUUACUUUUAGAAGCAGGAGAACAAUCAAAUUAUCUAUCUGAUGUUCCAUUGCUAGCUGGAAAUUUGAUUGGCACUUCAUUUGAUUGGAAUUAUGAAAGUGUUAAGCAAAAUGGUAGUUGUUUAGCAAGAAAUGGAUAUUGCGAUAUAGCAAGUGGUAAAGUAUUAGGAGGAUCCAGUAUAUUAAAUUUUGUUUUAUAUUCUCGAGGCAAUAAGAAAGACUAUGAUAGAUGGUGUGAUGCUGGUAACCACGGCUGGUGCUACAAAGAUGCAUUGAAGUACUUCAAGAAGUCUGAGAAAAUCCACAUUGAAAAUUUAAAAAACUCGAUUUACCAUGGAACUGAAGGUUAUUUAAGUGUAGACUACCCAGGAUACGAAACUAACUUAUCCAGAACUUUUAUAGAAGCUGGAUUAGAACUAGGUUAUGAAACAAAUGAUUACAAUGGAUUAAAUCAAACAAGUGUCGCCAAAUUGCAGACUAAUUUGAAAAAUGGUAGAAGAUGCAGCGCUGUGAAUUGUUACCUCAAACCAGCAUCAACAAGACCUAAUUUAUCUAUAUCCACAUCAGCUUUUGUUACAAAAAUAUUGUUUAAUAAUUCAAAAAACAGAGUCGUGGGUGUCUAUUUUACCAAAAACGGUACAAACUAUAAAAUCAGAGCAAGGAAGGAAGUAAUUCUAAGUGCGGGCACAUUUAAUUCGCCAAAAGUUCUUAUGUUAUCUGGAAUUGGACCAAGUAAACAUUUGCAGAGCCUUGGAAUACCAGUAGUCAAAGACUUGAAAGUGGGAUACAAUUACAGAAAUCAUUUUGGUAUCAUGCCAUUAGAAUUCGAGUAUGAAGGCUUGGAAGGUAUAGGAGAAGACGUGUUAGAAAAUCCUGAGUACGUUGAAGACUACUUUAAAAACGGCAAAGGACCAAUAACAUUACCAUCUGGUAUGGAAGCGUUAUCAUUGAUGAAUACGAAAUUUAACAAUAAAAAAAUACCCGAUGUCGAGGUUGUACUAUUCACUCUUGUUGCCUUUCAAUUGGCGCCUAAACCAGUGGGAAGAGUAAAAUUAGCGAGUAGGGAUCCGAUGGAACCUCCAAUUAUCAACCCAAAUUACUUGAGUAAUGAACAUGAUAUAAAAGUAAUGAUUGAAGCUUUAAAAUUGGCAAUAAAAAUGAUUCGAACCAAAGCAUUUAGUAAAUACAAUGUGACAUUAAAUUCUAUUCCGCACUCGAAAUGCAAAAAUUUUACUAGUGAAACAGACGAAUAUUGGGAAUGCGCUCUUAGGUCGGAACCUGCAAAAUGGGUCCAGCAAAACGAUUCAUCAGCCGUGGUUGACCACAGACUGAAGGUACAUGGAAUAUCAGGCCUUCGAGUUGUGGAUGCUUCCAUAAUGCCAACCUUGCCUGCCGCUCAUACUACUGCUGUGGUCUACAUGAUUGCGGAAAAGGCUGCAGAUAUGGUUAAAGAAGAUUGGCUGGGCGACACCAGAAAUAAAAGAUUAAAUUUGAAGCAUUGA